GUGAAAGUUGCGCCACAGGAAGAUAAACCGCAAAAGACAAUAUUGCAUGCAUACAUGAUUUUGCGUGUGCGUCGGAUGAGCGGUAUAGGGGAAUUCCUCGCGUCUUAAAAAGUAAACAGAAAAUCGGUGGAUUUGAGAGUUUGCUCAGUCGAGUGAGGUCCAAGAGAUAGAGAGAGGGGGAGGAAGAAUAUCUGUGCGUGAUUUUUUGAUUUCUGCUCUCAGUCGUCUCGGCGAGUCUAGACUGAAGAUGCUCUUGGACGCAGGACCGCAGUAUCCCACCAUAGGAGUCACUACUUUCGGCUCCUCGCGGCAUCACUCAACAGGCGAAGUCACAGAGAGAGAAGUGGCGUUGGGGAUAAAUCCGUUCGCGGAUGGGAUGGGCGCCUUCAAAAUAAACCACAGCUCCCACGAUAUUGGCUCCGGACAGACGGCGUUUUCCUCCCAGGCGCCCGGCUACGCAGCAGCCGCCCUGGGGCACCAUCACCACCCGACCCACGUUGGCUCUUAUUCCACGGCGGCUUUCAACUCCACCAGGGACUUUCUCUUCAGAAAUCGGGGUUUCGGGGACGCCACCGGGGCGCAGCACAGUUUGUUCGCCUCUGGAAGUUUCGCAGGGCCACAUGGACACUCAGAUGCAGCGGGGCACCUGCUCUUCCCAGGGCUCCACGAGCAAGCGGCGAGCCAUGCCUCUUCCAACGUGGUCAACAGCCAGAUGCGGCUGGGCUUCUCGGGGGACAUGUACGGACGGGCCGACCAGUAUGGCCACGUUACAAGCCCACGGUCCGACCACUAUGCUUCGACCCAGCUGCACGGCUAUGGCCCCAUGAACAUGAAUAUGGCCGCACACCACGGAGCAGGGGCCUUCUUUCGAUACAUGAGGCAGCCGAUCAAACAAGAGCUCAUCUGCAAGUGGAUCGAGCCGGAGCAGCUGACAAAUCCUAAAAAGUCGUGCAACAAAACUUUUAGCACGAUGCACGAGCUUGUGACCCAUCUGACGGUGGAGCAUGUGGGGGGACCAGAGCAGACCAACCAUAUCUGCUUCUGGGAGGACUGCUCCAGAGAAGGAAAGCCAUUCAAAGCCAAAUACAAACUUGUAAAUCAUAUCAGAGUACACACCGGAGAAAAGCCCUUUCCGUGUCCGUUCCCCGGCUGUGGCAAAGUAUUUGCUCGAUCGGAAAAUCUAAAAAUUCACAAAAGGACUCACACCGGCGAGAAACCUUUUAAGUGUGAAUUUGAUGGCUGCGACAGGCGAUUUGCAAACAGCAGCGAUCGCAAGAAACACAUGCACGUCCACACGUCGGACAAGCCCUAUCUCUGCAAAAUGUGCGACAAGUCAUACACACACCCCAGCUCCCUCCGAAAACACAUGAAGGUCCACGAAUCCACCAAUCCGGCAUCGCAGCCAUCUCCAGCGGCCAGUUCAGGGUACGAGUCGUCCACACCUCCCACCAUAGUAUCACCGUCCACAGAGAACCAGAGCAGCAGCUCCAUAUCACCAGCAGCCUCAGCAGUACACCACACAGCCAGCCACAGCACGCUGUCGUCAAAUUUCAAUGAAUGGUACGUGUAAAUGUUUAUGCAAAAAAGAAAAGAGAGAGAGAGAAAGAGAAAAAGACUGCAGAAUUUAAAAAUUAACUGCUUGGGAUCAAAGACUUUAUAAAGUCAGCCAGUGAAACAUGGACUGAGAAAACACGGGAGGCCCAAACGAUCAAUUAAAGGCUGUCUUAAUGUCAGUGAGAGAGAAUGCAUGGACUAAAAGGAGGCGAGGACAGCCAACCAAGUUACACUUUUUCCCCCCCUCAAUAUUUCUUUGAGUCUUUAUUUUUACUGAGAGACUGCUCAAAAGAGAUCUCAAAAAGCAUGCUAUCUGCGGGUAGAGGCCUGAAUUUUUUGUACAUAUGGAUUUCACCAAGUUGGAAAAAAAAUGUAAUAUUUUAUUUUGUAAAUAGUUCUAUCACAGUUUUAAGGGAAUUUGUGAAAAUGUGGUCCCUAGAUAUAUGGAAAAAUGAGAUGGUUUUAAGAAUAUUGCGAUGAAUAGACUUCAUUGAAAAGAAUGUUAUAGUUGUGUACCAAAUGUGAAUUAUUCAGUAUUACUACAGUCUACACGUCGACCUAACCGACUCUUAGUAUUAAUGUGCUUUUGUAGCCUAUUCAGUGCAACAUUUUCGUCCAAGGUCCAGUUUGAGUAGCACAGUAUCAUUGUUGUUAUUUAAUGUCAUGUCGAUAAAUCGUGUAGUGAAAGCCUGAAAUUCCGUGUCAAUCUGUUUAUGUACGUGAUAAAUAUAAAAUCUCUGUCAAUUGCUUUGUCUGAAAGGAAGUAUUAUUACAUGUAAGUAGCUCAAUUUUCCAUAUUUAUCCGCAUGUAAAGGACCGGUAACAUGUUAGAAAUGAUCGGUAUUUAUGGAGAAAUGCGCUCGUAUGUAAAAUUUAGUUUACAAAAAAAAUGUUUGGAUACAUUUCGUACUAUAUUAAAGGAUUAAAAAAUACAAUAAUGCAAUGCGUUGGAGGUUAUUGGUUUCAGUAGUGUUUCAGGUUGAUCUCAACAUGAGUGCUGUGUGAAAAUUAAUGGGUUCUUUUUACAACAAAAUAUAAUAAUUUGCUGCAGACUAAAUCAGACUUCCCUCAGCAUAAUAACGCAUUUAGUACAGUUUCGAUUAAAUAAUCACUGCAUGUUUAGAUGCACGAAUAAUUUUAACUGUUUACUGAGUGUGUAUGCAUGCUUUUGCAAGUGUGUAUGUGUGAGAGAUAGA